AUGCUGCCACUACACUGUGAGCAAGAGGGCCCUGCAACGUCCCUAGCUGCCAGCAGGCGGCGUAUACCGCCACUACACUGUGAGCAAAAGGGCCCUGCGUGCCCCGGCGCCAGCAGGGGGCGCUGGCCACCAGUCCCGGCGGCGUGUGAAUGUGCACCUGUGUGCCUGCAACGCUCCCCCCAACCCCCGGCCCGGCGGCGUGCAUGUCUGCGCCUGCGCCGCACCCGCCCUACCGGCGACGCGCCGCUGUGCAUCUCUGCCCUGCGCGCGCCUCCCCACGGGGACCGGGCUGCCGCGCAUCUCUGCACCUGCGCCGCAGAGCGACAGCGCGCGGCCCCUCUCUGCGCCGGCGCGGGCCCGCCGCUCUUCUCUGCGCCUGCGCGGGCGCGGUGCCUUUGCGAGGACGGAGCUGCGUUCGCCGCAGCACAGACCCAGAGGGCAUCGCGAGGGCGGAGCUGCAUUCUCCUCUGCACAGACUCCGGUGUACUGCGAAGGCGGAGCAGUGUUCUUCUCAGCACAGACCUGGGCGUGCGGGCCAGGGGCACCGCGAGGGCGGAGCUGCGUUCUGCUCAGCACAGACCUGGGGGACACCGCAAAGGCGGAGCACCAUUCUCCUCAGCACAGACGUUGGGGGCCCUACCUCGCUUUGGGACAACUCGGGGCAGCAUCGACGGUAGAGCAACACUCUGCAGACCUUCUUUUGAGGCAUUUCACCACCAGAAGUUUAAGAUGCAAUGGCCAGAAGACAUGAGCGUGUCACUAGAAGGACGUGUACGUGGGCUCCGGGGCUGUUGAUGACGGUGGUCUUUUGGGGUCAUCUGGGGAAUGGACAAGGCCAAGGUAAGUGCAAGGAUUUUCUAAUUCUUUGCGAGUUGGAUGCGAAUUUCGCUUUGUGAUGAAAUUAUGUUGAGUCUUUGGUUUGAUGUUUAAACAAUUUGUUAUAAUCUUCCGUCAGGUUUUUGUUACAGGGCAUUGUAAUAUCUCUGCACUAGUUAAAUUGAAAUAGAAUUAGGUGUGAGUAAAUGCAUCAAAAUUGAAGCCAUCUUUCUGAAAUUGGCUUUUCUCUGUUCUAAUUGGUGAUAUGUAUAUAUAUGUG